CGUUUGGAUCAUUAUCAAGUACGUGAGCGUUAAUAGUUGUCUGGUCGAUAGUAGACCUAUGUAAUGAUGGGUCGCCGACUUUACAGGGUGGCCCACUUGAAAAGCGUCUGACCCUGGUCGGGCCGGAUGCAUAAUUCAACGGCAGCCAUGAUACUUUCAACUGAUUUCAUAGAACAUGAAGCUAGCAUGCAACCACCAAUAUAUCACUUUUUCCCUCGCCUCAGAAAUAGCCAGCCUCCACGGGCGCCUCUAAUAGACUCGACACUCCCAUCGACGGCAAUUCAACAGCCAUCGAGCAUUGUGCCGAUUGCGAUAUCAAUCCCGCAGCUGCACCAACUCACAAUUCCUGAAAUGGUCCGACGGAAGAAGCUGGUUAUAGUGAACAAAAGAAGGCUAGUGUAUGUGCGAGAAAGGAAAUCCAGAUGUGAAAGAGUGGUAUAAUGCGUCAGCUGAAUAAACAAAAGGAUCGUGCCGGUCGUUUUCAUGAGGAAGACCUUGCUACUGCUGCUGCUGCAACUUUCCAUUGCCUUUAUAUCGCUACUUGACUUAAGCUGUGUUACAAACCUAUACCACUUAGAAGGAGACUCCACAAUGACCGCGUCAGACGUCGCCGCAAAUCAUGUUUGGGUCAGCACUUGCAUCCCGUGCCUUUUCAUACGCUUCAAAGCUAAAAACUGCGAUAAGCGACGCCGCUACUUCGUUUGAAGAGGAGAGGAAGUCUUACCUUCAAGAGAAGAAGGAGCAGGAUGGAGGAGACUUUUCAGAGACAGCGGAGGAAGUCAAUUUCCCUCAAAUUGCAGCCGUGCGAAACAGUUCGUCGGCCAUUCGGGAGGUUAUAGCCCAUGCCAUACCCAUUCCAACUGUACUCGGCCAACCGAGUGAGGAUAAGAUUGACAGCGACCGCUCAGAGGGUGCAGGGAAAGGCAAAUCUUCUGAAGAAGAGAACCUUCUGCCCUGGGCGGGUGUAGCUGACGAGGGUGAGUUGAAGGCCAAAAUCCUAGCAAUAUCAUCGCACAGGGAGAAUUUCCUUGAAGAUAUACCAUCAGAAUUUGUGUUCGACCUGAACGCUUCUUAUCCUACUGCCAUGGAAAUGCUGAAAUUGGAUAGUAAACUGCAGGACAUGCGCUUUGAGCUCGUUCCAAAGAAGAUCAAAGAUGCCCAGUUUUGGCACGCUUAUUUCUACCACAUCAGUCAACUCAAACUGCAGUCAGGUUCUAAUCAAAAAGCUAUCGAUGGCACGUUUGUACCCUUACCGGAUAGUCCGCUGCCCACGAUCGUCGAUUCACCGACGAACCCUGCACCGCAGACUGUGCCUGUGCCUGAGGUAAUCCCGUCGCCUGCUCCACAGCGAUUACCGCCAGUGGAUUUGAAGAAAGAUGAAGACCUUCCUACGGCCAAGGACCUCCGAGAAGCCAUGCCACUGCCACUAAGUCUGACGGAUCCGGUGAACUCUUCAACAUUGGUAUACGAUGGAGAAGAUUUUGUUAGCGAUAUGUACGACAACGAGUGGGAUAAGACUUCGCAGGGGCAAGACGAAGAGGAUUACUAGCUGUAAUUGCUCCCCUAGCUCAUGGGUGGUGCAUACAUUACUUUUGGGAUUGUAGAUGCGCUUAAUGAUACAUCCUAGAGCUUUCGAACCGAAUUGUUUGUGCCCGCUCGUUGUGCAUAUCAUCGCAUGAACGUAUAGAAAAAGCAGGCGUCCACUUCCUCAA